AUGCCGUCGCCCUUGGUUAACGCGACCCUCCAAGCCGCUGUCCUGUCUGCGCUAUCGAAUCUCCUCGCGCAAGGCAUAAAAGCAUACCAGAAGGACGAACCACUUUCCCUCAACCUCGUCGCUCUCGGUCAAUUUGUCUUCUUCACCCUCCUCACCUGUCCUCCGAACUUCCUCUGGCAGCAAUACCUUGAAGAGACAUUUCCAGGAUAUGUGACUGGCCUAGAUGGAUCUCAGUCUCUCCAUAAGAUCAAUACUGCAAAGAAAUUUGCUCUCGACCAGACAAUCGGGGCUGUCGUCAACACUGUUGCAUUUGUUGCAUUCUUUGCUGCCCUAAGCGGCAAGGACAGCAACGCCAUUCAACGGACUGUGCGAAGAGAGACUCUCCCGCUCAUGAUGGCGGGCUGGAAGUUGUGGCCAGCCGUGUCAUUUCUCAACUUUACUGUUGUGCCUAUGCACCGUAGAAUCCUCGUAGGUUCUAUCGUUGGACUCUUCUGGGGAAUCUAUCUCUCGCUGUUCGCAGUAAGCUGA